CGAAACAGUAAAAUACAUCGAGUUUAAACAUUCUCGGGCCCGAGCUUUAUAUAUAUAUUUUUUUUCCAAACUUCAAACCAUAAUUUACAUUUUCAUCAUAGUCAAAACAGAAAACUCGGGAAGUCCGCUUUAUUACAAAAUCCACACAACAUAAAACAUUUAAGGAGUUCAGAGUCCUCAGCCCACCUCAUGGCUUCCCUUCACGCUUGAGUCCCGAUAUCUAUAGUACAGACCUUACUUAUGCUCUUGAUCUGAGGAAAAGUGGUGACGAAGGAUGAGUCGUCGCUUAGUGAAUAAAUUCUAAGCUCAUAUCGACAUCAAUACAAAAACAGUAUUGGGUAGAAACACCCUAGCACAUAACAAGACUUAAGUUGUUUAUCACACUUUUCAUUCCACUGAAUCAAUCAAGUACACAUGUCCACAUCCCAUCUCAGUCAAAACACAUAAAACAGAUGACAGACAAAGGUAUUUUGCUUAUACAAUUUCACUUUCAAAAUUUUGCUAAAUGAUAUCCUCCCCGGGUAGUACAGUAGUGGGAGGCUGCAGGAUAACCAUGUACAACCAUCAUAUAACUGGAGCACCGAGGGAAAAAACCCCAUCUGGUACAAACAGAAGUGCACAAUGCACGAAACAGGAGUGCACAAGGCACAAAAUUGUAGUGCUCAAGGCACGAAACAGGAGUGCUAGCACCAACAGGAGUAUCGCGGGACACAACCCGGACCGAUACAAAACAGGAGUCGCCACGGGAUUACUUCAGCCGGCUAACUGAACAGAAUAGGAGUACCGUGGGUCGUCACCCAAUCGUCACGGUGCGAAGCACGAGCGCUCAAACUAGAGUAUCGUGGGGUUUACGCAUAUCGAUACAAACAGGACACCCUACUGUACGAGGUAUCAUGAAGCCCUUUUACUUAUUCUUAUGUAUUCACCUCUUUUCAUUAAUAGUUCAUUUAGACACAUGUCAAUAAUCAUUAACCCGUAGGCUCACUUAUACACUAUAUGCUCAGAAGCAUUUAUAGUGCUUUUGCACCCUCAGUCACAGCAGAAUGGAAGGUAAGCUGAGAAGCAAAACAGGAUUAGUAAGCCUAAUAGCUUACUCCAAAUAUAAGCAGACAUGACGGAUUUGCAAGUUCGACUACUUACUCAUAAUCCACACAAUAAAUUAACAAAUCCAACCCAUAUGACAAUUUCAUUCCACUUCAUGAUCACUCAACCAUUCUCAUCAUUAGAUCACAUUCCCAUGCUAAUUCUACAAAAUGUUAGUUGCAGAGGCAACAAUGAUUUGCAGAGGCACAAUAGAAAUUUGCAGAGGCAUACACAAGACCAACCAACAAAAUUUCUUUCCAUAUCUCAACCACAAUUCAUGCAUUUCCAACUUCAUACCAAAUGCAGAUAAUGAAUAUACACCAGUAAGCCAUCUUGGCAUCACCGAAUUUCAGAACUUAUAUCAUUUAGCACACAAUACAUACAAUUAUGGCCACUAAAGUGACCAUAUCACAUAGCCAUAACAUUUCCCAUAAAUUCACAUAUUAUACCGGAGCCGCUUCAUGACCCCGAUAUGUAUUCGGGCGGCUUCAUGACCCAAAUACUAUUAUUAUGUUGAAGUAGAUCUAAGAUUAGAAUCUACUCACAGUUUUGUCUUCACUCGGCUAUGCCCUUGCCUUUGGAUGAGCCUCCGGCUUGCUCCUUACCUUUAUAUACAAAAUUUCCAGGUUAUUCAAGCACUAAGAUACGUAUAAAGUAAUCAUAAUCAUGGUUGUGUUCAUGCAUGUCGAUAAGGCCACUAGGGAAGUCGUACGGCCGCACACUUUACCCUGCAUCACCAUUUUGGUCAUUUCUCCCUUGAUACUUAACCAAAUCAGUUGAUUCUUGUUGAUAUGGAAACUAGAUUCGUAGGAUACAACAUAUCCAAAUUUCAGACGAUUUGGAUCAGCUGUUUGAGCCCAGAAAUCAUUUUAAGUUGAUGUUUCAAAACUGUCAGCUACUUCUUUUCACUUCAAAUCCAACUCCCCUACUUCUAACGAUUGUUUCCUGACCUCUCCGAAAUCAAAACUACCUUCCUAAUGGUCAAUUCGAAGAACUCAAUAUACUUAAUAUUAUACCAAAUUUAUAGAACAAUCCAACGACUGAUUCGCACAGGAUCUUACCUUUAAUCUGCUGUCCUGCUACAGGAAAACAAUGUUGCACCCCUUCUGUCCAGCAACAUUUCUCGAUGAACCAGAGAUUAUAAAGAUGAUCCCAACGGUUCAAUCUUAGAAAAGAAAGUAUGGAACACAACCUACAAAUAUCAGGACGAUCAAACGGCUUGAUUGUCUGGAAUUGUCCUUCUCACAGGCUGUCCUGCUACAGGAAAACACUGCCGCACCCCUUCUAUCUAGCGACAUUACUCGCUGAACCAGAGAUCAUAACGAUGAUCCCAACGGUCCAAUCUCAGACAAGGAAGUAUGGAAUACAGCAUACAAAUCUCAAGAUGAUCCAACGGCUUGAUUGUCAGGAAUCGUCCUUCCCACAGGCUGUCCUGCUGCUGGACGAAAAUUGGCAGCACCCCUUUGUUUCCUUCUUCUUCUUCUUCUUCUUCCUUUCCUUGAUAUCCUUUCUUUCUAACUCUCUAGUCCUUGUUUCUGAAAAUGGGGAUGGUGGUUUUUGGGUGGUGAAACCAGGUGGAAGAAAGAGAGCAAGAGUGG